ACUCCUUAAUUGCAAUAUUUAUUUUACUUUUAAACUUGGGAGAUAAUUAAUUGAAUCGAAUUGCAAUAUUUAUUUAAUUUUGGAUGGAAUUGCGCUGAUCUUUGAAGGCAGUCAAUAAUUACUUUGAGUAUUUGAGAGAGAUGACUCACUGCUCAACAUGGAUACAAGUCUUACAACAUCUGUGGAGAAAACUCACAUAUGCGAAUCAACAGGGUAGUGAGUCUAGUGACACUUGUUCUCCCAUCUUAAGCCUUCCUGAUGAAAUAAUCACAGACAUCCUCCGCAGACUUCCUGCGCCUGAUGUUUUAUCAUGCAGAAGAGUGCAUUCAAAUUGGCUUCACUUAUCUUCCACACCCUGGUUUGCUGAAAUCCAUUUCAGAAGUACUAGUGCCACUUCCAUACUUCUUGGACAAGACAGAUCAUAUUACAAUUUCAAUACUGGGAGAAAUGGCAACGGUGUUUUAUUAUACAUAGUGGAAAAUCAUGACAGUGAAAAUCCGAGGUUGAAGAAAGUACACAUGAAGGGUUUGGGACAAAUGAAGGAGUAUUUUUCAGGGGGUCAGUACUAUAAACUGUAUGCUUCUUGCAAUGGAGUUCUCUUGCUUCGACUGUCUUGUACUGAUAGAUACCUGAUUUACAAUCCGAUCAAACGAGAAAAGAAACAUUUUUUAAGAAAGGAUCAUAAGAUUUGUGGGUUUUUCUUUGAUCAAUUAGAAAGGGAAUACAAGCUGGUUCUUUUCAGUACUAAUCCAGUUCAAAAAUUAACUAACUACUACAUACAUGGUACGAGCAUGAAACAUAAGGAAACAUACGACGAUGAUAUAGGAUGUUCUGUUUAUUGUCCUCUGAAUGGUCAUGAACAUGAGCUUGGAGUUGAAGUAUCUGGAGCUAUGUUUUGGUUGGUUAGACGACACUCUGGUCAAGUCGAAUGUUGUAGAUCGAUAAUGAUACUUGAUUUAAAGACGAAGAUUUUUCAAGUGUUGCCACAUCCUGGACCAAGUUGUGCAUAUAGCUUUUAUCGAUUUGAUUACUAUGAAGAGAAGCGUUUACAUGAUCAAAUACGGCUUCUAGAGAUGGAUAGGAGAUUGUCGUUGGUUAAUGUGCUUCAGGAUAUAGUUGAAAUGUGGGUUUUGGAGGAUGUUGGUAAAUGGAUGUGGGUAAAGAAGUAUGUAGUAAACCUUGAUCAGAGAUUUAACUAUAAUGCGUUUGGUGGUCAUCCUGUUGUGGGUGUUGAAAGUGGUAACCUUCUGAUAAAUUGGCCUGAUAGGGGUCUGUUCUGGUGUAAUUUGUGGUUGAACCGUUUUCAGAUUUUCGAGAACAAGGGUGGUGGAUCUAAUAUAACGGUGAGAGGAUGUCAUUUUUAUGCUACCAGAUACACCCCUAACUUUGCAGCUAACAUAUUUUCCGACGUUUUAGGCCCUAGCCAAAGCUAAUGAAACGGAGAUGUUCAAUUAUAAUCUUUUGUGUUUCUUGAUUAAAAUACGUUAUACCUUUCUCAUGAUUAAUGAUGGUUGUGGGUUGGGCCGGGCUUCAAGCCGAGCUCAUGGCUCCUGAAUGGGCCCGACACACGCAAAGCCCACUCUGUAUCAGGACGGGCCGUAUCAGGCCAUUGUGUUUAAGCCUAAUUUUACUAAAUUUAGCGUGAUUUGUCAUGUCGGGUUGGACCAAAUCAUGUCGUGAUUGUCCAGGCCCGGCCCAAAACCAUCUUUACUCUUGUUAUAUACUUCCUCUG